GUCACCGCAGCGACACGCACAUCAUCGUCACCGCCGUCAUUUGGCCCAACAAUGGACCCAGCGACGGUCGCGCUGAUGUUGUCGUUCUCGGCGUUGGCCGCGAUGGCCGCCACCGGCAAACCGCCGAGCGGCCGCGGCGCGUUCGGUUACCCGGACGACGAUCACGUGAUCAUCACUCAGUACGGACCGAUGCGGUACGAGCCGAUCGCCGCCGACCAGAUGAACAGACCGUACGACGGCGGCGCCGCCGCCGCGAAAACCGCUUCGUCCGGCGGCCGCGGCUAUUACAAGGCCGAGGUGAUACCGUUGGACAUGAACACCUGGAAGCCCGCGGCCGGCGCGGACGGCCGCUGGGUCGGCAGGUCGGCCGCCGGUGGCCGGGUCGAUUCGUUCGACGUGCCGCUCCGCGUCGGAUAUUCGGUGCGGCCAGCGGCGCGACGACGCCGACACGAUUACCACCUGCCGAUGGGUUAUCGGCCGCGAUCGCAGCAACCGCGGUGGAACCACGACCAGCCGGCCGUCCCGCGCCGGCGCAUAGACCCUCCGGAGGUGCCGAUCCGACCGCGGUUUUUUGAAGGAAGGGCACAGUUCGCUUGAAGCCUAACACAAUGAACCAAACGAACUACGAACACUGCGUAUGGACAUAAGAUAUAACGUCAUGUAUGUGUUAAUUCUACGCAGAUAAUACUCUUUACUUAUUACUCGUUAUGUAUACUGAUGAAACAAAUGUUAUGUGGUACAUAAUUACAAUAUUGUAAUUCUAUGUUGAUGUUCUGAUUUUUAUAUUAAAAAGUGUUAUUAUACAAUAAACCGUAAAAUAUAUGGAAUAUCUACGUUCAACAAAGCAAAUAAAAUAAACAAUAAUAAUAAUUUAAAUUAAUAAUUAUUAUGCUAAAUAUUUUAAAAAAA